AUGCAGACUGGACAUCUACCUUUGUCAGCCACAUUGAUUUGCCUUUGGCUUGCGAUUUCAGGAGCUCUGGUAAGAGCAGUGGACAACAUGGAGGGAAAUGAUGCAGCGUCAGAGAAACCCAUCCGUCAGUCCCACGCUCUGUGUGCUGGUGAGCAGGAGUAUGUUGACAGGAGGAAGAGAGUAGUUCUGGAGUCAAUCAACAGCCUGGAAAUCAACUGUACUGCAGACUCAGUUCCCCACAUUGCUCUGCUGGCAUCAGGCGGGGGUCAGAGGGCGGCCGUGGGACUGGUGGGUUCCCUCUAUCAGAUGGAAAAGGAUGGUCUGCUGGACACUCUGCUCUACCUGGGAGGAGUUUCUGGAUCAACAUGGUCCAUGUCCUCCCUGUACAGUGACCCGCAGUGGUGCACUAACAUGGACACAGCAGUGUCUAAGCUGUCAGGUCCAGGGGUCGGGCUGGAGCAGGCGCUGGCCUGGUUGGAUGAGAGGGCAAAAGAGGAACUGUUCUCUCUCACCGAUAUCUGGGGGGUGUUAACCUCUGCUGGGAUCAUGAAACAGAUGGACUUGCGGCGUCUUUCAGAUGAGGCCAGCAGGAAUGCCACCAACCCUUACCCCAUCUACAGCGCCAUUGAGAAGCAGUGCUUUUCAAAUGGGCCCAUAGAAGGGAAAUGGUUUGAGGUGAGCCCUCAUGAGGCUGGAUUCACAGAGAUUGGUCUCUUUGUUAAAACGUCUCUCCUGGGAAGCAAAUUCCAGCGUGGAGAGCUGCUGGAGGAGAAGCCGGAGAUGGACAUGGUCAAACUACAAGGGGUUCUAGGCUGUGCGUUGGCUCAUGAGGACAUAAUCAGAGAGUUCAUCCCUCCCUGGCUGAAUGUGCCGGGGCAUAUAGACAGUGCUUCUCAAGAGUACCUGCGUGUAUACAACAACCUUGAUAAACUGGUGGUCCUGACCAAAAGCACCAUUCAGGAUCCUGCUGCUCUGUCUGACCUGGAUAAGCUGCAGAAUAUACUAAGAGACAAGGUAAAUCAUAAUGAGUCUGCGCUGCUGGAGUCAAAGAGUGCGGAGGAAAGAAAAAGUCUUUUUCAGCAGUGGAGUCUGGAGCUGAUGGUGGCAGUGCAGACCUGGAGCCAAAGUAUGGAGGAUGGAGUCUUCAAAACAUAUGUCUCUCUGCUCACUAAACACAUCAUUCCCCUGAUUAUGAAAUGGGAGUGGGGAACAACCAGAAACUUCCUCUACCAAUACCAAGAUUUCCCCAUUCCUCCCUGCCUUCGCUGUCAAGAGAGAUUCCACCUGGUGGAUGCCGGGAUGCUGAUCAAUGUGGCCUACCCCCCAUUUCUGGGAGACAAGAGAGACAUCGAUCUCAUCAUUGCACCAGAGUACAGCGCUGGAAACAUGUUUGAGACUCUGACUCUCGCCAGAGACUACGCAGCGGAGGUGAACAAGCCUUUCCCAGAGAUAGAUGACAAAAUCCUGGAGGAGAGAGACUGGCCGAAAGACUGCUACGUAUUCGAGGGAAAUGAAAAGGCGCCCACCAUCAUUUACAUGCCGCUCUUCAACAGACAGAACUGCAAAGAUGCAGAGGAGUUCAACGCAAAGAUGGAGGAGUUCUCCACCUUCCAGCGUCCCUUCAGCCAGGAGAAGAUUAUGUUUGUGUUGGAGACGGUGAAAGCUAACAUGAAGAACAACAAGGAAACUCUGCUGAGGGCGAUCAACAAUGCCGUUGUCCGCCGACAGAACAAGAGGUAGGGAAGGGCCUGA